UAACAAUUCGAGUGAUGUCACUGUGUCACCAUGGUCUUAAAAAUUAAAAACAAAACUUGUUUAAAUAUUUAUUGGAACUUGUUGCUUCUCUUUAGACAUACGAAUAUGAUGUGGCAUAUCUCCUUUACUGUAUGUGUAUGGCAUUCAGAUCCCCAUUGCCUUCGUAAGAAGCGCCUGUUGAACGAGCUGAGAAAGAGACGGUCACUGGAUGCGAUACGCCUGGGUGUGAAGAUAAGACGGAAGAGGUACAAUUACGCAGAUUACCACGAUUGGGACGAAGAUCCGGGAAAUUAUGAUUAUGAAGAUCCCAAAACCUCUAUGUCUUAUGUUGACAAAAUUAAGGAAAACGGCAACGCCAUAAUUACACUGACCGCCAUAGUAAUGGGGAUAUUGAUGUGCUGCUUCGUGACCUGUGUCCUACCUUGCUUGCGUUUCUGUGGCGAAUGUUGCAGUUGCUGUAAGACCAAUUGCCUCAUGUGUUAUGACUGCAUUGUCUGCAGAGAUCCAAAAUACCGUAUUCUACAGAGUAUUGGGGAGAAGACGGGAAUGCAGAUGCCGGACUACAACUCCUAUAUAAUGAUGCGGGAGGUCUACGGUGAAGCAGCAAAGGAAGUUGCUCAAGAAGCUGCUCAGGGAGGCGCAUUCUUUUGAUCGCUAGUGGAUAUCGCAUCUUAACCCAAACGAAUCGUUCAUCUAUCAUUACAUAUUUCUCCAGCAUUAAACUACGGACCCAAUGGACAACAAUUAAUCUAACUUCAUCUCAUAAAACACAGAGUACGUGUGGAUAUUCUUAUGUCAUCACAAAUAAAUGAUGACAUGUUGAUAGUCACCGGUUUACUUGCAGGCGCUCGCCCGCGUUUGUUGGCCAGUGUCUGUAACGAUUGCUACACUUUUGUAAUCUUUUGCAGUAAUUCACCAGAUGGACGUGACAUCUUGUCGUGUUCACGCCAUGUUUGUAAGUGCACACAAACAGUAUUUAGAAAAUAUACGUAUAUUUUUAAUUUGUCAUAUUAGUACAUUACGAGUAUUACUAAAUAAGUA